AUGGAGCAAGACAAACUAUAUAGCCUCGUGCUGGAUCGCUACGGAGAACUGGCAGAUCGUUCUUCGAGCGAAGAGCAGAAAAGGACCGAGCAAAGCAUCGCCCAAGCAUUUGGUUAUCUAGCUGCAGACCUCAGUUCAAUCCCUCAAGGUGCCAAUCUUGGUGUCAGCUGCGGAAAUCCCCUCGCACUUGCAAAUCUCAGAGAAGGAGAAACAGUGGUUGAUCUGGGCAGUGGAGGUGGAAUGGAUGUGCUACUGGCUGCGAAGAAUGUGGGUCCAAAGGGGAGUGCAAUCGGUGUGGACAUGACCAAGAGCAUGCUCGCACUCGCCCGCAGAAAUGCCGAUCAAGCUGGCACGCCUAAUACGUCUUUCCUCGAGGCCUCGAUCACAGCCAUUCCACUCCCGGACUCCACAGCUAAUUGUAUCAUCAGCAACUGCGUCAUAAAUCUGGUACCAGCCGCAGAGAAACAUCUUGUAUUCAAUGAGAUGUUUCGCCUGCUGGCACCUGGUGGACGUGUUGCCCUAAGUGACAUUCUAAUUCGCAAACCUCUUCCACAGGAAGUCGAGAGCAGUAUGUCAUUUUACGUUGGAUGCAUUGCAGGGGCCAGCCAGGUUCAAGAUUAUGACAAGUACCUCCAUGAUGCGGGAUUCAAAGAAAUCAUGAUCAUCGACACUCACACCGAUAUAAACAUUUACAAAGAGUUGGUGCAAGGGCAGGAAGAAUCUGAGGUGAUUGGGUGCCAGUUGCAGACUCCAUCAUGCCAUGAGGUAGUGCAAGGAAGCAACACGUCUGAUGGAAGUUUGUUGGAUCAUGAUUUCAACGAAUGGGCUGGAUCAUUUCAAAUCUACGCUAUCAAACCUUAG